UUGAAGAGAGAGGAGGGCGGACAGCUGAACAGUGGCUGUGUACAGGCGUUCAUGCAGAAGUUGGCUGCCACGUAGUUGGCAUUCUUGCAUGUAUUUAUUUUAGGGCACGUUACUGCAUUUGUGUGGAAAGGUUCAAAUAAGCUUUUUGUAAGUUUUGCGAAUAAGUGAUACUUUUGUCAAACAAAAAUGAUCAUUUUUUCUAUUUGUUCGAUAUUGCCCUCACUGUUUUUGUUUGUCACCGGGGGGAAACUGCCUGAGCCAGAAGUGAAAAUUGAAGUUAUACAUAAACCCUUCAUGUGUUACCGUAAGUCAAAGUAUGGAGACAUGCUUCUUGUUCAUCACGAGGGAUUCUUGGAGAGUAAUGGCACUAUGUUUUAUUCCAGCCGCAAACAUGGGGAUACAAAUCCAGUAUGGUUCACUCUUGGGAUUCGAGAGGUGCUCAAGGGUUGGGACAAGGGUCUGAAAGGCAUGUGCACAGGAGAGCGCAGGAAACUGACUGUCCCUCCAUCUCUGGCAUAUGGCAAGGAAGGAAAAGGCAAGAUCCCACCGAGCAGUACCCUCAUUUUUGAUAUUGAGCUCAUGGAGAUCCGGAAUGGUCCCAGGUCACACGAGUCUUUCCGGGAGAUGGAUCUCAAUGAUGACUGGAAGCUCUGCAGAGAGGAGGUGAAAGAGUACCUGAAGAAAGAAUUUGAAAAACAUGGAUACUCGCCAAAUGACACACACCAUGAAGUGAUGGUAGAUGACAUCUUCAAAAAUGAGGAUGAAGAUAAAGAUGGUUUUAUAUCUGCAAGGGAAUUCACCUACCAACACGAUGAGCUCUAAAAGAUCUGAUUUCAUCUACUUUUUAAAAGUAGUGUUUGUGUCAUGAAUCCCCUCCAAAAUAGAGACCUAAGUUGAGGAAUUAGUUGAAUUAGUUACUUGGCUUGUUUUUAUACUGCAGUUGAACAGUAUUGUCUCAUUUUUAGUUGAACAUUUUAUGGAAAAUGAAAUCCAUGAUGAAUUUAUACCUCCAUUUGCACUGAUAAUCUCACCACCUCAGAUGAAUUUAGGCUACAGUAUUAUAUUUUUCUUAAAGAUUACAUGAAAUAAAUGUCUGUG